CGGAAACCUAAUCAUCGUUUACUACUGACUAUUUUAAGUGUUACAGUCAUUCGGUUUUCUCAACAGCACCCGCCACGUCUUCAACCUUAAAUUGAUCUCCCAGACCGAAUCGUAUCUUUUGUCCAAUAACCUGAUGAGUACCAGCAUGUCCUCCAGUUCUACCCUUGAUGAAUUCCUUGACUGUUCUGUCGGUUGCUUGACUGUUCGCCUGAAUUAUUCCCGUGGCCAUUGUUGGGUCUUGUGUAUUCCGAUGCACAUCGAAACGGAGGUCCUGUGUCUUGACAGCGGUUUUGGACGUCGCUCCAUCUGGAAAGCUAAGGUUUUUGAAAAAGAACAAACAGUGCUUCUUCGGUGGGAUUCUCAGUUCAACUUUUCCAGCUUGGCUAGUCCUGGUGCAUGGCUAGGUGAUAUUGGAGAAUGUCUGAGCAGAAGGAUUUAAACCUUUGGGACGGGUAAAAUGAGGGGAUCCCCAGAACGGUUAUCUGGGGCAUAAUCAGGGGAAGAUCAUAUUUGCGGAUACAACAUAGUUACUGGAGGAUCAUGGGAAGUAGAAGACUCAUUGCGGCAGAUACUAGUUACCUAGUGGGAUAAUAGUUAUUGAAUGAUAAUAGUUACUGAAGGAUGAUAGUUACCGAAG